AAACUCAAUAAAAAUAUUAAUUAUUUUUUGUUUGUCUGUGUUUUAAUCACUAACUCUUAAAUUAGCUAAAGAUAUUCAAAUUUUUAUUAAGCUUAUCACAGUACUUAUUAAAUGCAAUCUGAUUCUUUAAACGAUAAAAGUAACAAAUAAAUGGAUGAUAUUUUAGAUUACUAAACAGAAAAUGAUUAAGAUAGUUUAGGAGUAAGAGAUGUAUUAUUGAUUAAAUGCAAAAGUGUAAUUUAAGAUCUACAUCAAGAGAUCGCAGAUUUAAAUUAAGAAAACGUAUAUUUACAAGAAAGAGCUUAACAAUUAGAAUAAUAGUUAGAAGAAAAAGAUAAACAAAUAAGAUAGAGUAUUUAUUAGAAUGAAAAUAUAGUAGAUGAGUUUUAGAAUGAAAGAGCAUAAGUUUAAUUAUUACAGGAAAAGAAUAGUGAGUUAGAGAAAGAAAUUAUUGAAUACAAGCAAAAUGAAGAAGGAAUUUUAUAAUAAUUGGAUGUCUUGCAAGCUACUAAUAAUGAAAUGAAAUAAAAAGUUUAAGAACUCACAUAAGAACUUGAAAAAAGAGACCACAUAGCUCAUGAAUGGAACUAAACAAUGUAGAGUGUCAGUUUAAAAAUUUAGGAAUUAGAUAGAGAAAAUCAAUGGUUAACAAGUGAAAGAAAUCAAAUGCUUUUAAGUUUAGAGAAAAUAAGCCCAAGAAAUAGGUUUGAUUUAAUUAAAAAUGCUCAAUAAAACUAAGAUAGGAACUAAUAAAACAAUAUAUUAAAUGAAUGGCUACAAUAAACAGUAGAUAACCUUUAAAAUGCGAUUAGAGAUAAUGAAAAAAAAAAUUAAUUGAUAGAUUAAUUAUAAAAGGAGAAUCUUAAUCUAAAAAGUAGUAAUAUGAGGUUAUAAAGGGCUCUUGAGUAAAACUAGCAUUAGAUCAACUUAAACCAAGCAAACAAUAAUACUAAUAUUCCUAAAAAUAGAAGUAGUAGUAAUCAUUAAACAAAUUAAGAUUCUAAAUCUAUAAACAACAGUUUCAAUCAGAGUGCUUAAUAGUAAAGUAAUAUCCCAAAUACAACUUAACAUCAGUCAAAUUAUGAAAUUUAAAAUCUAUAACUUGAAAUCGGGUAACUAAAGCAAGAUUGUGAGGAGAAAUCAAUCGAAAUUUAAAAACUAUAGUUUGAAAAUUUGAAGCUAAAGGAAAAAAUGAAUGUACUGAAUAGAAAAUAUUUGAAUGCAGAGAUAGAUAGCAGAAAGAUAGAUUCUUCUAUGAAUAAUUAGCUUAGCUCACUUGAAAUUGAUAAGAACAGAGAAGUAAAUAAAUACAAAGAGCUUAUUUAAGAGUAAAAAGAAUUGAUACAAUAGCUAUAAAAUAAUGACUACAUUGUUAACUAAGCAAAAGAAAUAGCCAAACUUUAGUAAACAAACGAAUUCUUGAAUUAAAGAUUACUAGAUUGCAAACAAGAACUUAAUGAUUUAUAGAAAGACAUAUUUAAUUAAUUCGAAAAAGAAGAUCAAAGAAGCAUAAUGGCUUAAUAAAAGCUUAAAUAGCUUGAACAAAUUAUCAAAGAAAGAGAGGAUAUUAUAAAAUCUUAAGAAAAAGAUAUUGAACAAAUGAAACAAAUAAUAAAUGAGCAAACUUUUAAUGCAAAUAACCCAAAUAAAACAGUAAGAGAAAGAUCUAAUAGUACAAGAUAAGAAAAAACUGAAAAGGAAGAAAUUGACAACCAUGAUAGAACCCUACUUACUUUAAUGAACGAAAAUAAAAGUUUGUAGGCAUUACUUGACAGUCUAUAAACCUAGCUAAAAAAUGAAAAAUUAACAAGGAUUAGAGAAUAAAAUUCUAUCUAAAAAAUGAAAGCAGAAGUUUAGAAUUUAGAAGACUAAUACAAUAGAGAAAUUAAUUUCUACAAAACAGAAUUUGCCAAGUAAUUAAGUGAAGCAUAUCAAUAAACAGGAUCUAGCAUAGUUUAAAACACAAUUAAUCCAAUGUAAACAGAAUAAAAUAUCAUGACAGAGAUUGCUAACAGUGAAAUUAAAUAAGAGAAAAAAUAGAAAAAAAUCAAUAAAGAAAAAAGAGCUACUUCUGGAAAAGAUGGUAAAAGUGAAUAGAAAUCUACAAUAAAAAAUAAAACUUAAAAAAAGAAAGAAAAAAAAAAAGUUGAAUUAAAUCAAAAUAUAAUUACUCCUUCGAUAAUUUUAGAUCGCUAGUAGGAAUAAGAUCAUAAUUAAACAGGAGAAAGAAUAAAUUCUACUUAAAAUUUAUAAUAAGGUUAAAAAUAGUACCAGACACCUCAGUCUACAUAAAGAAUUAACUAUGUUUAGUCAAAUAGCAAGAGGAAUGAAUAUGAUUUAUAAAGUUAAACUAAUUAAAAUAAUUUUAAUUCAAUAUUUUAAAAUGCUACUGUAAGAAAUUAGCCAUAACUAGGGUAUUAUAAAACUAUUUAGUAGCCAUUAUAGCCAAACAGUUUACAUUAAAAUUAAUAGUAAUAAAUCAAACCAACUGAAUAAAAUUAAGAGUAAGUUAUUGAUAGAUUCAAAUAGGUAAAUAAAAAUUUUAUUGGUAAAAAAAAUACAUUUAAAUAAAAUUAAAAAUAUAUUACAGGCAAUUAACAGGAUAGAAAAUAAGCUAGGCAGAUUAACAGUUGA